AUGAUGGAACGAGUGAUGGUCGCUUUAGAUCGAGGCACGUCGCCGUAUGUCACAAUGACAACGUUUGCGAAGGCAAUGUCGCUGUACCUACGUGGUAGUUUGGAGGAGCGUAUCAACUAUGCAUUUACAUGUUAUGAUUUGCUGAGCGAAGGCUAUUUGCGACGUGAAACUAUGUACCAAUUAAUGAAAAAAAGUUUAGCAAAGUCUUCCAGAGACGAUGACGUUGAAGAAGCUGUGAAGGAGCUGGUGGAUAUAAUGAUGAAGAGAAUGGAUGUAGAUCUAGAUGGAGUGAUAAACUUUAACGAUUUCCGUGAAUCGGUUUUAAAAACUCCUACGUUGCUGGAGAGUCUCGGGUACUGCCUUCCAGAAAGGCCUGCCGUUUAUUCCUUCAUUGCUACCUGGUGCCCGACGUGGAAUUCAAUGUGA